GAUCGUCCGCCAGUCCAGCGUGUGGCGCUGUAACGUAAGAGGUGAACCGGAAACUCGGCUGCUACAACGCUAUCAACGAGGAACGCGAUGGAAGUUUCCCAAUUUGACGAAUUAAUAGACGACUGGUUUAUCGAAUCUUUGAAAACAUACAGAGACCUUCAUGUGUAUCAGCUGGAGUUUCCCACCCGAGUCAUAGAGUGGACUUCAGGGAAAACCAUCUGUGUGGCAGGUUACAACAAAUCCAGCAAAAAUGAAAUUUUGGAGCUCACUUUGCCUCAAAAACUCUUUGCAGAAGAAAACAAGGGUCUCUGUGCCGAACGGGAUUUCAAAGUCCUCCACGGUGGAUUUUCUCCCGGUCCCGUCAGCGUUCUCAAACAUAUCCCAGGAACGAGGCUGAUUGUGACUAACGACGGCCUGACCUCCGACCUGCACGUCUGGAACCUCGGGGGCGAUGACAGCGAUGUCAUUACAAAGGUGGCGAGCUUCCCGGAUUCCAAGGAAAGCUCGGGUGGCGUCAAAAUGGCCGCCCGGCUCCGGCCGCAACCGGAGGUUCUUCACGGGGGUCGGGGCAACGACGUUAGGCUGACCCAGCUCACCACAGGACAGACGCUCUACCAGCUCGCGUCAGCUUGCGAGGAGCGUGUGACCAGUUUGCACUUUUUAAGCGACGCCGUCUUCUUGGCCGCCUGCGCCAACGGCGACGUUCUCACCGUGGACACGCGGACGUCGGCGCCUCCUCAGCUGGCACCCGCCCCCCCAUCCGACCAUUCUGACGUGUGGUGGGCGGACGUGGCCGGCUUUGGGCUGGUCCGUGUGUCGUCAUCCGGGCGGGCGGCGGUGUCGGACCCGAGGGACCCGGGGGCCGUUGUGCGUCGGGCUCAGCUAGCGGUAGGCACGUUGCGUGGCGGUUCGGAUGACGUCAACGUGUCGUGGGCGCCGGCGUUGGAUGACAUCGUCGCUGUGUCAGGUUUCGGCAGCUCGGUCCAAAUCUACGACACGUCCUCGUGGGGAGCGGACGGCCGUGACGCCCGUCCACUUUUCGAGCAUCGCGGCCAUGCCGUGUGUUCUCCGCAAUCGUCCAGUCAAGCUGAAGGUGGCGCUGUUGCCGUCACUCAUCACAUUUGGCAUCCCAAAGAGCGCAGGACGCUGGUGUCUGCCGCUGACGACACAUCGCUGCACGUGUGGGACUGGAUCCAGCAAUCGCACUCCAGGUAACCGCUGCUUUUUCGUCAUUUGGAGGUCAAAGUGCGAGUGGUUGGUGGAGCCACAUUUAUCUUUGCACACAAACUGGACUUGAAUCACGCUUUAAUAAAAAAGAAAAAGUGGUGCAAUCAAAAGUGAAAUAACUCAAACAAGCAACAUUGACAUUUUUUCCUUUUUAAACAAGCAGAGACGUACAGCUGCUCACUUGUACAAAAAUUAAUACGCACUAGUGAUCAUCAUUAAUCUCAUUUUACAUUCCGAUUAAGCCCUUUUUUUCUCGCUAGACAUCUCAAAAGAACAUUAAACACACAAAACUGAAUUCCAAGCAAAAUCAGCCUUUUUUUUCCUUUGUCGAAGCUCCGAAACCGCCUCCUCGCGACUUUCGGAGGGGAAGGACGAUGACAUUUCCUUGGUGCAGCGUUUAGGAAGCGCGCCAGCAGUUAGUGUGUCAACAAGACAGCUCUCAAAAUAAUGCUAAACAUAAAAGCCCUCGUUGAUAAUCGCUGGGUUUGAAUUGUUAUUAGGAUGGACGGCCAACAAAACAAAGUCUUUUUAGAAAUUCAACAUGGCAGUCAUAAAAAUGCCCAAGGAUCACCAAGGUGCACCUCAUCACUGGAUUUGUUUGAAACAAAUAUUACAUGAAGAAUAGUCAAAAGAAAAAAAAAAUCCCUUUCUUUAGCAGCUUUUAAACUUCCGUGUUCUGAGAAUAAUAGUCCUACAAAAGUAGUUUUUUUUUGCCACUGUACUGUUUUUUCCAAGAAUAAAUGUUUUAAUAGUUUUUUUCUUAGAGCAUCACUUGUGUGUGGGAGAAGCUUUUUUUUUUGUGUGUAAAAUGUUAUAAUCUUGACAAUAUUUAGUCAUAGAGUAGAAUUAAUUCUAUUUGUAAUAGUGUUACAAAAAUAAAGCAGAUUUUAUUAAACUUUCUAAAGAAAAAAGUUCAUUCCCACAUGGGAAGAAAUUUGAGGUUUUUUAAUUUAAGAAAAAACAAACUAACAAAUUUAAUUUUCAAUUGUAAUCUUAACUGUAAAUUUUAUUCAAGACUAAUGUAUUAAGAUUUUUUCUAAGAUUUGUUUGAUUUUAACAAGUUGCAACUUAUUUUUUUUAUAUAAAUGUUAUCUCAUGAGAAUAAACAAAUCUACAGAGGUUACUUUUUCUAGAAACGAAUCGUACUCUUACAAAAGUAAAGCCCCUUAAGAAAAAAAAUCCUAAACUCAGAUUACAGUUAAUUCUAAUUUCUCUCUCUGAAAAAUCUACUUUUACUUUUCUUUUCCUGGUGGCGCCCUAAUACGAGUAAAAAUCCACAUCUGACCACAAUCCUGUACAUUAGUUUUUGUUGAAUCGUUACGUAGCCACAAAUGGACAAGCUUUCGUGCUUAUUGCUUUAUCAAAAUGCCAACAGAUAUAAAUUGCCAUGGCAACUGUCGCCAAGACGACAUUUCGCAAGCAUUAAAUUGCUGCUUUUCUUUUGUGCUUGGUCCGGGUGGAGAGGCGUUUAGUGUGUUGUACGAGGCACAAAGGUGAUGACGAGUGUAGGCACGUGCAUGGUCUGACUUUUCGGAAGCAUCCACUUGGUGACACCCCAAAUAGAAAAAGAAAGAAA